ACAGAGAGAGAGAGAGACCCCGCGCGGACACAGACGGUAAAAGCGGCUCCCGCCCCGAAACGGAUCUCUUUUUGUCGGAUCUCUUUCUGACUUUCUGCAGAGGAAGCAGUGAGAUUUCUUUUUUAAAGUGCGUAUUACAGAGUGCCGGCAUGAACCUGCUACCCAGCGAGCGACCAGCAGUUGUUGGUUAUAGGGAAGACAGACAGGCGGUAUUAACCGGAAAGCAUGCGUCGCAUUGAGGAAAAUAAUCUGAUCAGACCUGAACGCAGAGCUCGGACACCUUCCAAAAGACAGGACGCGGAAAAGGGAAGAAACGAUGAUGUCAAAUGAUGCUUCUGGUCUUUAACACCGCAAGUUAGAAUCUGAACAGAUGAUUAUUCACGGGGAAAUAAAGCCGCGAUCACUCUUUAGGAUUAGCGAAGGAGCCUGUGUAAUAGUGUGUAAGCAAGAGCUUCGUACUGAAAUCUGACCCUGAAUUCGCCUUCAGCAAACUCUGUAAUGCCCUGGUCUAAUGAUGACCAUAAUAAUGACUAGCAUGUGUUAGAUUAUUGUGUUUAGGAUAUUUGUAAAGACAUAAUGAACGACGUCAAAAAUAACAUUAUUACUGUUGUUAUGCUAUAAUGUAAAUAUAUGCGUAUUACAAAACAUCGUUUUGGACUAAAUGCAAAACAUCAACACAAUGACAUCGUAGGCUAUUUUAAUAAUAUAUAUACACACAUACAAGUAUUUACAUUUCACAUACGGUUUUUUUAGACUUUUGUGCGUGCACAAGGUCGAGGAUGCCUGAUUGCGUCAGUGUCGGUGGUCGUUACUGCAGGUGCUUGGUGACGGCGCAAGUGCACGGACCUGAUCAGCGCUUAUAACUGUCAUAACGGGACACCGGAAAUGGACGCGGCGGUCGCGUGCCACUCUACUGAGCCGCCUGUGCUUAAGUCGGACUCGAGAGCUACCGACCGAAAAGACAGCCGCGGUGACACGGAGCCUGCCGCAGCGCGAGGAGGGGCGAGUGAGCCGAGCGCGAGCCUCCAGCAGCAAUCGACAGAUUGCCGGAGUUCGGCCAGGCGCAGGUUCAUCCGCACCAACUUGUGGUUCUCAGAGUCGGAAGAUCACGGUUUGGAGACUCCGGAAUGCGGCGACAGCAUCAGCACCGGAAUCACCCGCCCCGUCGGCAACGCGCGCAGAAAUCGGUACAGAAAGACCUCGAGCGCGGGAAGUCCAGUAAGGACCGAAAACUGCACCGACGCACAGGGACAGAAAAGCGAGGCCGAGCAAAAGGAAGACCCCGUCGCCUCGAGCACUGCCGGGAAGGACGAGCACGGGCACACGGAGGAGGAAGAGGAUGAAGAAGAGGAAGCCGGGAUGACGGCAGUUAGCACUUCUCCCAGUGGCCGCUUCCUCAAGUUCGACGUAGAGCUCGGCAGAGGCUCAUUUAAGACCGUGUAUAAGGGCCUGGACACCGAGACAUGGGUAGAGGUGGCGUGGUGUGAACUUCAGGACCGUAAACUAUCUAAAGUGGACCGGCAGAGGUUUAAAGAGGAGGCGGAGAUGCUGAAGGGUCUCCAGCACCCCAACAUUGUCCGUUUCUAUGACUUUUGGGAGUCUCCUGUCAAAGGAAAGAAGUGCAUCGUCUUGGUCACUGAACUAAUGACGUCAGGCACUUUAAAAACGUACUUGAAGCGUUUCAAGGUGAUGAAGCCGAAGGUGCUGCGUAGUUGGUGCCGGCAGAUCCUCAAGGGUCUUCACUUUCUGCACACACGCACACCUCCUAUCAUCCACCGAGACCUAAAAUGCGACAACAUCUUCAUCACAGGCCCCACAGGUUCAGUUAAGAUUGGGGAUCUGGGCCUAGCUACACUCAAGAGGGCCUCCUUUGCCACAAGUGUCAUUGGCACUCCAGAGUUCAUGGCUCCUGAGAUGUAUGAAGAGCACUAUGAUGAGGCGGUAGAUGUCUAUGCAUUUGGCAUGUGCAUGCUGGAGAUGGCCACAUCUGAGUAUCCAUACUCUGAGUGCCAGAACGCUGCUCAGAUCUACCGCAAAGUCACCAGUGGGGUCAAGCCAGCCAGUUACACUAAGGUCACCGUCCCAGAGAUUAAGGAGAUCAUAGGGGAGUGUAUCCGCUAUCACUGGGAAGAGAGAUACUCCAUUAAGGAUCUGCUGAAUCAUGCCUUCUUUGCAGAGGACACUGGCGUCAGGGUAGAACUCGCAGAGGAAGAUGAUGGCAAGAAAACGUCGAUUGCACUCAGGCUUUGGGUGGAGGACCAGAAAAAGCUGAAAGGGAAGUACAAGGACAGUGGUGCAAUCGAGUUCACCUUUGACCUAAAAAAAGAGGUGCCAGAGGCAGUUGCACAAGAAAUGGUUGACUCUGGUUUGUUCCUGGAGAGUGACAUGAAGAUUGUUGGCAAGUCAAUCCGGGACCGUGUAGCUCUCAUAAAAUGGCGUAGGGAGAGGACCAUCUCUAGAGGCAAGGGCGAGACUGAAAAGGUCACUGAGGACCAUGAACAGAAUGUGCCUCAGGAUCCAUCUCUUAAGUUGACACAGAGUACCAUGGCUGAUGCUCGUACAGAGCCUGGGGAUCACGACAGUGAGUCAGUCAACCUCUCUAGUGGCCCCACCAGUUCAACUACAUCAGACAGCGUUGCCUGCCCUGCAGCAAUCUCAGAUGCUUUGAGCAACCAGCACAGCAUAAUUUACCAGUCAUCAUCUGAGCCCUUCACCACUUCCCAGAAGGUCCUCAGUCCACCAUUACAGCUUAUUUCUGAGUUACAUCAUGUAACCCAACCACAACUAACAACUCAGCUUCAUCAGGAGGUCCAAAACCAGAUCACCGCUCACCUGCAUUCAACACAAUUAUCUAUUGCUCAGUAUAAGCAAGAGAUCAUAAAACAACUUGUGGAUCCUAAAGAUCCCACUGUCCAGCUGCAACAGCCCACAGCUCAGUUACAUCAAGAAGCCCAACAGCAAUCUGUUAUACAUCUCCACCACGGAGAACAGCAAAAGCAAAAUGCUGGUCAGUUACUCCAGGGGAUCCAGCCACAGGUUAUUCAACAAAAACCCACAGUGCAGCACCAUCAUGUGGCCCACCCUCAACCUUCAACACAGUGCCAACAGGAGGCUCUACCACAACCUGUAGCACAGCUAUAUCAAGGAACUUAUCAGCAGCCCACUACUUCAAUACAACAAGGAGCCUUCCUGCAGCCCUCUGUACUAAACCAGAGUCUUUACCAGUCACAUCCACCUUCUGCUAAACUGAUUCAGCCUCAGACUAUAUCAGCGCCAGCGACCCCAGCAGCAACUGCACCACAAGGACAGGAGUUUCACCUCUAUCUCCAUCCUGCAGCUUUCCUGUCCCAGACAUUAUCAAAUCUGCAGCCAGUUGUGGAGUCGACUUCUGAAGGACAGGCACAUCCUCAGCAUCUACAUCAACCAGGUUCUGCUAUGCUCAGCACUGCACCGCCUUCUCAACCACAGCAGACUGUUCAUGCUACACCCCUACUUCAGCCUCUUCAGAUUUCCACUCAAUUCUCUUCACCGUACUCCGUUAUGUCAACAGUGGGCACUCCUGCCAGAAGUGAGGCAGUAACAAUUUCCUCCAUACCAUACAGCACCCCCUACCCCAAUAGCGCUCCUCCAGUACCUCCAUCCUACUACUCUCCCAGUCCAGCCCAUGUCCCACUACCUCUUGCAGCUACACAGAACAUAGCAUCCAUACCUGGAGCAGGUACACCCCAAACCCCUUUAUCUGCUCCUCUGGGACCAAUCCUGGGUAUAGCUAUUUCUCCUUCCCUCAUACCACCACUACAGCAGGUGUACCCUUCUGUUCUUCCACCAGAGGGCUCUCUCCUUCAACCCCAACCCACCCUGUCCUCUAUGCCCAUUUCUCAUACAUUGCUGCAGCCAUCGUCCUCCUUUCCUCCACAAGAGUCCUGCAUCUCUGCACCACCUGCACAGGAUGAAACUCUGGGACAUGCACAUGCAGAACCAACACAGAUGAAGUUUCUUCCACACAGAGAAGAACCAAAUCAAGAAUUUACUGCAGCGAGUUGUGGUGAAAGUUGCACUGAUCCAAGCAAUAUUCAGCAGAUCCAGGAGACAGCAUCUGUAUUCAUUCCUCCUACAUCUGACCUAAUCCAUGAGGAGUCAGUACCGAUGCCACUCCCCAUCUACACAUGUGACAGUUUGAAUUCAGAUGCAGCUUCAGGUAAAGAAAUGAGUGAUAGUUAUGAUGGAACCAUUAGUGGAGGAAAAGGUGAUGGGAAACCCCGAAGACAUCAUCGCAAGUCUGCUCGUACCCGUUCGCGACAAGAGAAGACCAGCAAACCCAAACUGAGCAUUCUCAAUGUUUGUGAUACAGGUGAUAAAAUGGUGGAAUGCCAGCUAGAAACCCAUAACCACAAAAUGGUGACAUUCAAAUUUGAUUUGGAUGGUGAUGCACCAGAGGAAAUAGCAACAUACAUGGUGGAGAAUGGCUUCAUUCUACCCAUAGAGAAAGAGAUCUUCAUUGACCAGCUAAAAGACAUUGUGGACAAAGCUGAGGACAUGUUGAGUGAGGAUGUAGAGGGGGAGAGACCAGGUGCCCUGAGGGAUACUCCGCUUCAAGGCAGCUCCCCUGGAGGAACGGGGGAUGAGGUUAUCCAGAAUCUGAAAGGACCGAAAGAUGGUGCCCCUCAGCCUGUGUAUCAGCAGAAUGUGCUUCAUACUGGUAAGAGAUGGUUCAUAAUCUGUCCUGUGGAUGAGCCGAGUGUCAGCCAGGAUGUAUCCUCAGAGGGAGCUACAGCUACACCACAUACAAGUGGACUGAGCGAUGGCACUGCGCCAAGUCAGGCUGCUGACAGUAGCACAGCUCAGCCAGUGGAGCACUGCACUGCACCUGCUUCUACAGAUUCAACAGGUUAUGCCACAGCUCCUCCAUCUGGUGGCAGUGAUGCUCAUGGAUUCAGCCCACUGUCUCUGAAUACCAUAGACCCCUUAUCCUUGGUUCCACUCUCUGCCACCCUGCCAGCACAGUCUCACAGUGGACCAAUUACACCAAUCCAUGCUGCCCAGCAGGUUGUGGAUCUGGCUUGUGCUGCUUCCAGAGCUGAGGACAUGCCCUGCUGCCCACUAGUUAUGCCAUUAGCACUGGAUACAGGCGUGAGUGCUCAGCACUCCUCACCAGUGACCCCUCCCCUAAUGCAGGACACUCAUGGCAUUGUUCUGCAGCAGCCAUUUGCAUCUGUGGGUGGUGCCAAGCCCCCAUCAAUGCCCCAGAGCCCGGCGACCUCACAGCACCAUCAUGCACCCAACGAAUCAGAUGGGGAAGGUCGGGCCCGGGUGGGGUUUGUAGACAGCACCAUCAAGACACUGGAUGAGAAGUUGAGAAAUCUACUGUACCAGGAAUAUGUGCCCAUGUACCCAUCAGGCUGUGCAGCAGAGACUCCAGGAUCAGGCACUGAGUAUGUGCAGUCUCCACCUGGACCAGAGAGCGCAGCAGGGGGAUCGGGUAACAGCACACCCAAAACCAUCGGAGACGGACGCAUCAGAACAGGGGAGCAACUGCCACAGAUUCCAGAGAGAGUAGACAGUCUGAGCACGCUCAGUGACUCUGCUGUUGCUGUUACAGUGUCAAAGAAACCCAUAAUGCCUCACUCCACUUCCUGCUCAAGCUCCAGGAGUCGCUAUAAGAUGACAACUGGUGCUCCCGACUUCCUUUCCGGGACCCGGAGGAAGCAGCGGAGUUGGAGCAGCACGGCUUCUCCAGCACACCCUGGUGCCUGUUAUGGGGAGUGCAGCAUUUACGGUGAGCCAAAUGCAACCUUUAAUGCAGGGGAUAACAGUGCCACACGCAAGAAACACAGCAGCAGGAAUUCAGCUCCACCUGAUUUCUGCCUGGACCCUCUGUCCUCUCUCAGCGAGCCCGGCACCCUUCCACGAGUACGUACAUCCGUCUCAGCGGAUGUCCACGCUCGCUUCAUGUCUUCUGACUCUGGGGCAGAAAGCAGCCCAGCCAAAAUGGUGCCUCCUACACCAUCUCGUUCAGAGAGGAGAGGAAGCGACCUCAUGAGGAGGGCAGUGGCCUUCUUGAGGCGUUCUGGACGCAGCAGCAGUGUGCAGAGCUCUGAUUCUCCUAGUAGACAUGGUGGAACGUAUGGCUCAUACAUGAGCAGUGAUAAUGACUCUGAGAUGGAGGACUUGGACAUUAAAAAUGAACUGCAGAGACUGAGGGAAAAACAUAUGAUGGAGAUUACAGAGCUGCAGGCUCACCAGCGUGGGGAAAUCGAGCUGCUGUAUCGACGACUUGGUAAAGCACCACCUACUGGCCUCAGCCUCACAUCAACAGUGCCUCCUGCUGGGCGCAGACGCAGAGCCAGCAAGCAUAAACUCAGGGCAAGCAAACUGCUCAGCCCUCUGGUCCAGCAGAUAAGAAGUGUCACCAAAACAAGUGACAGCAGCAAACCUGCUGAACCUGCUGUGAGUGUGAACGGCUCUCCAGCCAGAGCCUCAGAGAGGUGUCCUACCCGGGCUCGUUCAGGGACUGACACUUUACCCAGCUCUGUAUCAGAACCGGUCCAGACCCAACAACCCUGCUCCCUCAAGGCCUCAAUGUCGUCUGAUAAUGUCUGCUCUGGACUGCAUGGAGAGGGAGCAGGAGUGUACAGCCAGCCAGGACAGGGCUGGUCUCCUUAUCACCCAACGGCUGAGAAGGUCACUUACAAAUCCAGCAGUAAACCUCGUGCUAGAUUCCUGAGUGGGCCUGUUUCUCUCACCAUCUGGUCGACGCUGAAACGUCUCUGCCUGGGUAAAGAACGUGGAAACAGGCCUGCAGGUCCACCUGGGGCAUGUAAUCAUCCCCAGAUGCCCCCAGGUUCAACUCCCUCACCACGCCACCCAGCAGUGGGGCUAGCUCAAGCACAAAGCAACAACAGCAACAACAACAAUGACCUGUGCCCUGAGGAGCUGCAGAAGUUGGUGGGCACAUGGAGUCCCAAACAGCCUUGUUUGUUCACACACACAUUCAGCCUGAGAGCACAGAAAACCACCAGAGCUAGAACCAGGAGUGCUGAAGGGGUGCUUCCAGGCUCAGCAGCAGUAACAUCAGCCUCGUUGCUUUCUCUAUCAUGGCCGAGGAUUAAUUCCCACACUUCUGAGAUGACACCCUUGCUCACACACCAGGAUGGGUUGUCAGUGCACGACAACCAUUUUGGUGAAUUUCUAGGUUCCUCUGUGUACAUUUCUCACUGGCCUGCACAGAACACAGGUCCUGAUCAGGGAGGAUUUAUGUUCUCCACUGUGGCUUCAUCUUGGACCAGACAGUCAUUUCCACUAGAGCCCUUCAAAUCUCAAAACAGGACUCCUAGGCCCAUGUAUCCCAUGCUGUAGAAUCAACUAAAAUUCUCUAAAGUAUCAUUACAGUGUGGUAGCUUGUACAACUUUAUCAGUAUCUCUUAAAGCAUGCACCACCUUACAUAUAUCUUUCUGGCCCUUAUAAUGUAAAUAUCUAUGCUAAUGAUAUGUAUAUGAACAUUAGCCAAAUAGCUGAGUAUGAAUAUGUCCAUAAUUUAUCUGCAGUGUAUUUUUUACAUAUAUUGCACAUAAAAUAUCACCCUAUCACAAUACAUAGACACUGUAUAAGCACAUUGAAAUGUAUCCUUGUCUUUUGAUUCAAUUCAUAACAUUCACUGCAUCACUGUGACACCUUGAGAGCCAGGACGUCAGCAGUUAGUGCAUACCAAGGAAUCUGGACUAGUAGCUGUAUUUAUUAGAAAUGGCUUGUCACUGAAACAGAGAAAGUUUCAAGGUGAAGUUUACAUGAGUGCCUUGAACAGCAGUUGUGGAGCCACUGGUAAUGACAAUAUCUGUUAAUGAAGAAAUCUGGUGACAUUUAAGGAGUCUGUUGGCAAAAUUGAAAGUUUUAUUUCCAUGUACAAGGAUGCAGGAAAAUGUACAUUAUGCCCAGUGCAUGGGAAAUAUUUUACACAUGAUUUGCCCAAAAGUUAGUCUGGGUUUCAAGAUUUGCAAGAAUCUGUGAUGGAUCAAAGAUGACACUGUUAUUAGGCAGUCUAGUGCCAACAGGCAUUUCACUGGAAAAUGUAAAACACCCAAAUACACACGGUAUGUUCAUGGUUUGUGGUCCUGUGCUAUGUUACCUCUCACUCAGUGAGGUGAUGAGUUCAAAUGUGUAGCACCAGGACUUAAAAGCUUCAGAGCUAAAGGAACAAAACAGGGAAGUGUGCAAAGUGUGUGUAAGGUGAUGUAUCUAUUUAAAAUGUAUAAUCACUGACAUAGGAGACAUAUUAUGCUUAUCUCUGGACACUACAUCUGAUAAGACACUGUGCUAUUACAAAAUUCUGGACGUGUGUGUGUGAAUAUGUGUGUAAAUGAGUAUAUGGCCACUUUUAAAAUGCAAAAAACUAUAAGUGUAUUCAAAGUUCAGUCUUCACACCCUCCUUAUUUUCUGUCCAAUAAGAAUAACGUAUGGGCGUCAUCAGCUUUGUGUAAAACAUGCCUUAAUUCAUGCAGUGACUCAAAACACUUUACUUAAAUGUAUAUAUUUGUUGGUGUUCCAGAAUAUAAUCAUUUGAAAUUAGGAUUCUUCUUAGAACUAAAUACAUGUAUAAUUGUACAGUGUAUAGUUAUAAAACAAUUGCUUUAUCCAGCUUUUCCAUAUUUUCUGCUGUUGUAUCUUAGCUAUGCAAAAAUGCCCACCAAGUAAUGCAUUACUGCCAUGAGAUUCUUCGCUUGUAUAUGCUUGCACUAAAAUCCUACUGUGCUCAACACGUCCUGUUCUUCCUCUGUUUACAGACUAAGGCCAAGUCUGGACACUGUUCACAAGAGUAAAGAUAUUAAAUCUUUUUUAAAUGUUUA